UCUCUCUCUCUUUCUUCUUCCUCUUCUUCAAAAACCUCUCUCUCUCCUCCUCCCUCCUUUUCUUCUUCUUACACCAAUGGACACUACACCACCGCUACCACCACCAACUCCACCACACCCACAACCGCAAUCCCUAAACUUCGACAACCUCAAAGCUCUCAAAGUCCUCGGCAAAGGCGCCAUGGGAACUGUCUUCCUAGUGCAUGACACCACAACCGACCCCUCCGCUCGUUCUCCUUUCGCUCUAAAAGUGGCCGACAAGUUGUCUCUUCAUGCAAAGCACGACGCUGAUCGUCGAGCCCGUUGGGAAAUCCGGGUCCUGACCCGGCUUUCGCAUCCGUUUCUUCCCAAGCUGAUAGGAUCCUUCGAAACUGAGGAUUUGCUCGCCUGGGCCGUCCCCUAUUGUCCCGGUGGCGACCUUAACGUCCUCCGUUACCGUCAAAACGACCGGGUUUUCUCCCCCGCCGUUAUUCGUUUUUACUUGUCGGAGAUUAUUUGCGCGCUUGAGUAUCUUCAUAAUAUGGGAAUUGCUUACAGAGAUUUAAAGCCUGAAAAUGUUUUGGUUCAACAGUCGGGUCACGUGACACUCACGGACUUUGAUCUCUCUCGCAACUUGGCGAAAAAAACCACCGUUUCGACGACCACCUUUGAGAAAGGAAGCCAUAAGGUUCCAGUUCCGGAGAUUCCAAAGAAACAUAGAAGAAUGUUGACCCGCUGGAUCCAAGCUUUGCCCGACAACAAAAAGGGGCUGAAGAAGGCGAAAUCGGCCAGAGUUAGCCCGGUUUCUCGGAGGAAACCGAGUUUCGACAACGGCGAACGGUCCAACUCGUUUGUGGGAACGGAAGAGUACGUGUCACCUGAGGUGGUGCGUGGUGAUGGACACGAGUUCGCUGUUGAUUGGUGGGCUCUGGGUAUCUUGACGUACGAGAUGCUAUAUGGCACUACGCCGUUUAAAGGUAAGAAUCGGAAGGAAACGUUUCGGAACGUUCUGAUGAAGGCGCCGGAGUUCGUAGGGAAACGCACGGACCUGAUGGAUUUGAUCGAAGGGUUGCUGGAGAAGGAUCCCAUGAAGAGAUUGGGAUAUCAACGAGGCGCGUGUGAGAUCAAGGAGCACGUGUUCUUCAAAGGUGUGAGAUGGGACCUACUAACGGACGUGUUACGGCCGCCGUUUAUCCCAUCGAGAGAAGAUGGCGAAUUGACGGAGAAAGUAACGGGAGGUAGCGGAGGGAUCGACAUAAGAGAGUAUUUUCAGAAUUUGAGGGCUCCACCACCGUCAAUGCCGCCAUCUCCGCUACCGUCACCAUCGCCGGAGCCAUGCCGGAGAAAAGCUUCUUUCACAGAGUAUUGACUGACGCACGUGUGGGAUAUGACACGUGUAAGGAUAGUGUAGGUAUUAAUACUUAUUUUGUGUAUAUAAAAAAAAAAAAAAUUUGAAAAAUAAAAAAAAUAAUGGUAGAACGUGAAAGACGGCGUUAGUGAAUAUUUAGUCUGAAUAUAAAAAGCUUCAAAUGCUUGCGGCUCGUAUUUCAAUCUUGUAUAUGUAUUUUUUAUUCAUUUGGCUAACAUUAGCGCCUACGGAGGCGCGUGAAUUUCACGCAGCA